AUGGCGUCCGAGCCGACCAAGACCGAAAUCCAAACCCUUUUUAAGAGGCUUCGCGCAAUUCCGACCAACAAGGCCUGUUUCGACUGUGGCGCCAAGAAUCCGAGUUGGGCCAGCAUCACGUACGGUGUUUUCUUGUGCAUUGACUGCUCCGGCGUGCACCGCUCCCUGGGUGUCCAUCUCAGCUUCAUCAGGUCCACAGAGUUGGAUUCCAACUGGAACUGGUUCCAGCUGAGGUGUAUGCAGGUCGGCGGAAAUGCCAAUGCGACAGCUUUCUUCCGCCAACAUGGGUGCACAGCCAGUGAUGCCAACACCAAGUAUGAUAGCCGAGCUGCCCGGAUGUACCGGGAAAAGAUCCGGCAGCUGGGAAGUGCAGCCCUGGCUAGGCAUGGCACCGAUCUUUGGAUAGACAGUAUGAGUAGUGCUCCCAGUCACUCUCCGGAGAGGAAGGAUUCCGAUUUCUUCAUGGAACACACUCAACCUCCUGCCUGGGAUGUACCAGCCACUGACCCAGCAGAGCCCCAGCAGCCAGCCCCGUCUACGGAAAGCAGUGGAAUGGCACAGCCGGAGCAUGGCCCCAACACAGACCUGCUUGGCACCUCACCCAAAGCUGCUCUGGAAAUGAAAACCUCCCUCAUUGGCAAGAAGAAGCCAGCAGCCACUAAGAAAGGGCUGGGUGCCAAGAAAGGCCUCGGGGCCCAGAAGGUGAGCAGCCAGAGCUUCAGCGAGAUUGAACGGCAGGCCCAGGUGGCAGAGAAGCUCCGUGAGCAGCAGGUGGCUGAUGCCAAGAAGGAGGCCGAGGAGUCUAUGGUUGCCUCCAUGCGUCUGGCCUACCAGGAGCUCCAGAUUGACCGCAAGAAAGAAGAGAAGAAGCUACAGAAUCUGGAAGGGAAGAAGCGAGAGCAGGCAGAGAGGUUGGGCAUGGGCUUGGUGUCCCGAAGCUCCGUCUCCCACUCAGUGCUGUCUGAGAUGCAGGUGAUUGAGCAGGAAACUCCAGUGAGUGCAAAAUCCUCCCGCUCACAGUUGGACUUAUUUGACGAUGUUGGUACUUUCGCCUCUGGACCCCCAAAGUACAAGGACAACCCCUUUUCCUUGGGGGAAAGUUUUGCUUCCCGUUGGGAUACAGAUGCUACCUGGGGCAUGGACAAGAUGGAGGAGAAGGAGCCAGAAGUGACCAUCUCAAGCAUCCGGCCUGUUUCAGAAAGAGUCACAAACCGGAAGGAAGUGGAGAGCCGGAGUUCGGGCCUCGAAUCCAGUGAAGCACGUCAGAAAUUCGCAGGAGCCAAAGCCAUCUCAUCUGACAUGUUCUUUGGGCGGGAAGUGGAUACUGAGUAUGAAGCCAGGUCUCGGCUACAGCAGCUCUCAGGCAGUAGUGCCAUCAGCUCUUCAGACCUCUUUGGGGACAUGGAUGGAGCUCAUGGAACAGGCAGCGUAUCUCUGGGGAAUGUGCUCCCUACAGCUGACAUUGCCCAGUUUAAGCAGGGUGUCAAGUCUGUGGCCGGGAAGAUGGCUGUGCUGGCCAAUGGUGUGAUGAAUUCUUUGCAGGAUCGCUAUGGUUCCUACUGA